AUAAACUUUCGGAUGGCGUAUAAAUAUCUUUUUGUUCCUUUCAGAACUAAGGCGAUUGAGGACUUCUCAGUAGUCAUCAGUUCUCACCCAAAAGGAAACAAAUCAAAGGAAGGGCAAUGGCAAGUUCUCUUGAUUAUGAUGCUGAUAAAGAUGUUGGACUGAAGAAAGGGGCAUGGAGCGGCGAGGAGGAUCAGAAACUCAUAGCCUACAUCAAGCGAUACGGUAUCUGGAAUUGGAAUCACAUGGCGAAACCUGCCGGUUUGUCGAGAUCGGGAAAGAGUUGCAGACUUCGGUGGAUGAACUAUCUGAGGCCCAAUCUCAAGCAUGGAAAUUUCACCAAAGAAGAGGAAGAAACCAUUAUCAGACUGCACCGAAAGCUGGGGAACAGAUGGGCAGCUAUUGCAGCAAAACUUCAUGGAAGAACAGACAAUGAAAUAAAGAACUACUGGAACGCUCGCCUAAAGAAGCAUUCUAAAUCAGAAGAAGCAGCUGCAGCUCACUCACCGAAGAAUUCGAACAUAGUGGCAGCCCAAGAGGCCAGUGGCGGCAGCAGCAGCAGCAAUAGUACUGCUGCUACUACCGAGCCAGCAUCAUCAGAAGAAUACAAUGACCCUGCGGUUCCCCUAGCAAGGCUUUGGUCCAAUGACACUGAGACAAGCUCCGGAAACACCACUGAGAGCGUAUUCGAUCAGGUCGGAAGCCCCCAAGAGCAACAUCUGCUAAUACCUGUUUCAGAAGGCACGUGCAUGACAAUGGAAGAGGAUUUUCAAGAGACCAUGUCUAUGAUCAUAGCGGCGGAAGGAUUUUAUUCCCCUUAUCCUAAUUUGCAAGAGUCCCUAUCUAGAGAAUACCUAAUCUAUGAUUUGUGGGACAAUUAAUUGACAUUUCAAUUAAAGAAAUAGUAGUAAGUCAUUAGUCACACAUUGGUUGGCCAGUUUUGGAUGGUAGAUUUUCAAUUUAUUCGCCCUAAAAUUAAAUGCGUGCAAGAAUAGUUAUCAAGGAGAGCAUACUGCUCUUCA